AUGGGUGAAACAACUUUUCAAUCCGAGACACAAUGGCUUGCUCAAAUGAGGGCCAUGAGACAGGCAAUCGCCAACUUGAAGUUGCCACCUCUGAAUGACGCCUCACAGAUGUACGGUGCGGAUCUGGACCUCGACGAAGAUCUGAGUGAGGACCCCGACGACGAUAUUUGGGACGUGGAGAGCGCUGCGGACGAUACCCCUCCUAGCGAUUUCUUUGACGACUCCAGGAACGGCCUUACAACUUCAGAUCUGGUCACUGACGGCGUCUUUGACAAGGCGUGGCUGCGAUCAAGAUGUGCUGCCUUUGCUCGGUCGAGAUCUGGCAUGGAUGCCUCCGAUCUCGAGCAGCAAAUUACCGCUCUCCUGGUCUCAGACAGUCCUGACGAUGAACUGCAGAUGUCACUUGCCGACAUCGUUGGGUAUGAUGACUUGGACUUUGUUAUUGAGCUCAUUUCUCAUCGCAAGGAGAUUUUGACAGUCUCAGCAGCCUCAACUCGCCAGACAGAUGGACUCUUCCACGGCCUCGAGACCCGUCAAGAGCGAGAAGCAAGCCUAAGGCGACAGGACUAUGAACAUAAACAUGCCGCCCUUGCCCCUGCGUUUGACCGAUCUGGGCCUCAUUAUCCCCAUGUGUACAAAUCUGACGCUGCCGCCGCUGGCAACAGACUGGAUGUAUCGGGCAAGAAGUUUGCUUUGCACCUCGGUAGCACUCACAGUGACCAUCCAAAGUACGAAGAAUACUCCAUUCCUGCCACCAAAGUCGGUUCUCUCGCUGCAGGGCAGAAGCUGGUCAACAUCUCUGAGAUGGAUGGCCUGUGCCAGCGUACCUUCAAGGGGUACAAGAGCCUUAAUCGCAUGCAGAGCCUUCUCUACCCUGUGGCAUACACCACUUCCGAAAAUAUGCUGAUCUGUGCUCCCACUGGUGCUGGUAAGACGGAUGCGGCCAUGCUUACCAUCCUGCACACGAUCUCGAAGAACACUGUACCUAACCCGAUCGAGGAACCCACUGCCACGGACUUCGUCGUGAUGGCGGACGACUUCAAGAUCGUCUAUGUUGCUCCAAUGAAAGCACUUGCAGCAGAGGUUACAGAAAAACUAGGCAAGCGUCUGGCUUGGCUGGGCAUCCAAGUCCGGGAGUAUACUGGCGAUAUGCAGCUGACCAAACGAGAGAUUGCCGCCACUCAGAUCAUCGUGACAACCCCGGAAAAGUGGGACGUCGUAACUCGGAAGAGCACAGGCGAUACGGAACUUGUUCAAAAAGUCCGUCUUCUCAUCAUAGAUGAAGUCCACAUGCUACACGACGAGCGCGGUGCUGUCAUUGAGUCUCUAGUUGCCAGGACCGAGCGACAGGUGGAAAGUACGCAAUCGCUUAUUCGGAUCGUAGGCUUGUCGGCCACCCUUCCGAACUACAUUGAUGUUUCGGAUUUUCUAAAGGUCAAUCGGAUGACUGGUCUAUUCUACUUUGAUGCCUCGUUCCGUCCGGUACCUCUCGAACAGCACUUCAUCGGUGUCAAAGGCAAGCCUGGAAGCAAGACGUCCCGCGAGAAUCUCGAUCAGGUGACAUUUGAGAAAAUCAAAGGGCUUCUGCAGCAGGACAAGCAAGUCAUGGUGUUUGUCCACUCCAGAAAAGAUACAGUUUUGGCUGCUAGGACGCUCAAUCAGUUGGCCAUUGACGAUGGGUGCCCGGAUCUCUUCCUGCCCGAGCCUAACAACCCUGCGUUUGUCAAGGCUUUAGCAGACUUGAAGACAACCCGUGGUCGAGAGUUGCGAGAAAUAGUCCCAAAGGGCUUCGGAUGUCACAAUGCUGGGAUGGCAAGAUCGGACAGAAAUUUCGUUGAGCGCAUCUUCUCUGAAGGUGCCAUAAGAGUGCUCUGCUGCACAGCGACGCUGGCUUGGGGUGUCAACUUGCCUGCAGCUGCCGUCAUCAUCAAAGGCACGCAGCUCUACAGCGCCGAUGUUGGCAAGUUCGUGGACGUAGGGAUUCUUGACGUCCUGCAGAUUUUUGGUCGUGCCGGUCGACCUCAAUUUCAAGACAGCGGUAUCGGUUAUAUUUGCACGACUCACGACAAAAUUCAGCACUACCUAUCCGCUGUCACUCAACAACAGCCAAUUGAGUCAAAGUUUUCGAAGAAGCUUGUUGACAAUCUCAAUGCUGAAAUCAGCCUAGGCACGGUGACUUCCGUACAGGAGGGUGUCACCUGGCUGGGCUACUCCUAUCUCUUCGUCCGAAUGAGGCGGCAGCCGCAAGCCUAUGGCAUUGAUUGGAAUGAGUACCAGGAUGACCCCCAGCUGGGACAACGCCGUCGCAAGCUUAUAAUUGACGCCGCUAGGACACUGCAUAGAAGUCAAAUGAUCAUUUUCAACGAGAAGACAGAAGAGCUUCGAGCGAAGGACGUCGGCCGCAUAGCGAGUCAGUAUUACGUGCUACACAGCAGCGUUGAAAUCUUCAACACUAUGAUGCGUCCGCAAGCAACCGAGUCUGAUGUCCUCAAAAUGAUCAGUAUGAGCAGUGAAUUCGACAACAUUCAGUCUAGGGAGAACGAGGCCCAAGAACUGCACCGUUUGAAAAUAGAGGCUACAGCAUGCGAAGUCGAGGAGCGCAAAGCCGUAACGACAGGCUCCAAGGAAGACAAUGAGAAAGAGCAAAAGCUCAUCGAGAAUCACGCAAAAGUCAACAUCCUGCUACAAUCAUACAUUUCUCGAGCGAGGUUGGAGGAUUUUGCCCUUGUGUCCGAUUCGGCCUACGUGGCCCAGAACGCCGCUCGAAUCUGUCGAGCAUUGUUCAUGGUUGCCCUGAAUCGUGGCUGGGGCUAUCAAUGCGAGGUUCUGCUUUCCAUGUGCAAAGCCAUCGAGAAGCAAAUCUGGCCGUAUCAGCAUCCCUUUCAUCAAUUCGAUCUACCGCUUCCGGUCUUGAAGAACCUGGAUGAGAAGGCCCCUUCGUCGAACAUUGAGAGCCUCCGGGAAAUGGAACCAGCGGAGAUCGGAAGCCUGGUUAGGAACCAGAAGAUGGGGACCACGAUUAGCAGACUGCUUGAGAACUUCCCAACCAUGUCGGUAGAGGCAGAGUGCGCUCCGCUCAAUCGCGAUGUGCUCCGCAUGCGGCUGUUUCUUUAUCCCGAAUUCAUCUGGAAUGACCGUCACCACGGGACUUCUGAACCUUACUGGGUCUGGGUCGAGAACUCGGAGACGUCGGAGAUCUACCACCAUGAAUACUUCAUCCUCAGUCGUAGGAAGAUGCACGACAACCACGAACUGAACUUUACCAUACCGCUUGCCGAUCCGCUGCCGUCGCAGAUCUACAUCAAAGUCAUAUCAGAUCGCUGGCUAGGUGCCGAAACGGUACACCCUGUCUCAUUUCAACAUCUGAUCCGACCGGAUACGGAGAGUGUGUACACCGACCUUCUGGACCUACAACCACUGCCUAUCUCCUCCCUGAAGAACCCGGCAUUAGAAGAGCUUUACGGUCAGCGGUUCCAAUUCUUCAACCCGAUGCAGACCCAGAUCUUUCACACACUCUAUCACACCUCAAACAAUGUGCUUCUAGGCUCGCCCACUGGCUCAGGCAAGACGGUCGCUGCGGAGUUGGCCAUGUGGUGGGCAUUCCGCGAACGGCCUGGCAGCAAAGUCGUCUACAUUGCGCCCAUGAAAGCGCUUGUCCGGGAAAGAGUGCAAGACUGGCGCAAGCGACUGGUCGGUCCUAUGGGUUUGAAGCUCGUCGAGUUGACUGGCGACAACACUCCAGAUACACGGACGAUCCGAGACGCUGAUAUCAUCAUCACCACGCCCGAGAAGUGGGAUGGUAUUUCUAGAUCAUGGCAAACAAGGUCCUACGUCCGGCAGGUGUCGCUUGUGAUCAUCGACGAAAUCCAUUUGCUCGGUGGAGAUCGUGGUCCCAUUCUCGAGAUCAUCGUGUCGCGGAUGAACUAUAUCGCUUCGCAAGCCGAAAGUGGCUCGAUUCGCCUCCUAGGGAUGUCUACUGCUUGCGCCAACGCCACCGACCUUGGCAAUUGGCUUGGUGUCAAACCCGGAAACAACCAGGGACUAUUCAACUUCCGGCACAGUGUGCGUCCAGUGCCCCUCGAGAUCUACAUUGAUGGGUUUCCCGAGCAGAGAGGGUUCUGUCCGCUGAUGCAAAGCAUGAACCGUCCGACAUUCCUGGCCAUCAAGACUCACAGUCCAGAGAAGCCCGUCAUUGUCUUCGUGGCGUCGAGAAGACAGACCCGUCUGACGGCCAAGGAUCUGAUCAACUUUUGCGGCAUGGAAGAGAACCCGAGACGCUUCUUACAUUUCGACAGCGAAGAUGACCUCCAAGCCACCCUUUCCGCGGUCAAAGAUGCCGCACUGAAAGAAGCCUUGAGUUUCGGUAUCGGACUACAUCAUGCCGGGCUCGUCGAGUCGGAUCGAACGCUCUCCGAACAGCUCUUUGCAGCAAACAAGAUCCAAAUCCUCGUCGCCACGUCGACGCUCGCAUGGGGCGUCAAUCUACCCGCCCACCUCGUCGUCGUCAAGGGCACCCAGUUCUUCGACGCAAAGAUUGAAGGGUACAAAGACAUGGACUUGACAGAUGUCCUUCAGAUGCUCGGGCGAGCCGGCCGACCACAGUUCGAUACCUCUGGUAUUGCCAGGAUCUUCACCCAGGACGCCAAAAAGGCCUUUUACAAGCACUUUUUGCAUACGGGGUUCCCUGUGGAAAGCUCUUUACACAAGGUCCUCGACAACCAUCUGGGCGCCGAAGUCUCCGCCGGAGUCAUCACCACCAAGCAAGAUGCCCUGGACUACCUGACCUGGACGUUCUUCUUCCGCCGUUUGCACAAGAACCCCACCUACUACGGUCUGGAGAUCUCGUCGGAAGAGCAGCAGGAGGGCCAACUCAGCGCGAGACAAGCCGCCGCAGAUUACAUGAUCACCAUGGUGGACAAGUCACUGGACGAUCUGGCAGAAAGCGACUGUGUCUCGGUCCACAACAACGGCGACGUCGACAGCACGCCCUUUGGCAAGAUCAUGUCCUACUACUACCUCAGCCACUUGACGAUCCGGAAAUUCUUGUCCAAGGCACGCAAGACCAGGUCCACGACCUUCGCGGACGCGCUGGCGUGGGUCAGUCUCGCCACGGAAUUCGAUGACCUCCCCGUCCGACACAACGAGGACCUCAUCAACGCCGAGCUGGCCAAGAAUCUUCCCCUGGACACGGUCGGCUUGAUGGACAACCUCCCCAUGUGGGACCCGCACGUCAAAGCAUUUCUCCUCAUCCAGGCAUUCAUGUCACGCAUCGACCUCCCUAUCUCAGACUACGUCGGCGACCAGAUCUCCGUGCUCGACCAGGGCAUCCGUAUCAUCCAGGCCGGCGUGGACGUCAUGACGGAACUCAAUCGUCUCGACGCUGUGGCACAAAUGGUCCGCCUUCUACAAUGCCUCAAGUCGGCAAGAUGGCCCGAGGACUAUCCACUCAGCAUCCUUCCGGGCGUGCACGAGGUGUCUGAUACCAAGCUUGAAGGCAAAGUCCCGAUGGAUCUCGUCACGACUGCCGUCUUGGCCAGUAGACACGGCGGCAAGACCAUUGACGGCCUGAUGCACCUUCUAGGGAUCAGAGCCCCGGGUCCUCGUGCCGCUUUCGGCAAAGCAGUCAAUGCACUCCCGGACAUCGCCCUCACAGCCAGUGGAGAUACGGACAAUCUACAACUAACCAUGAAGAGAGCGAACCGGCUACUGGACCACGAGGCACGGAUCUACGCGCCGAGGUUCCCCAAGCCGCAGACGGAAGGCUACUUCGUGAUUGCGCUCCCCAGCGGGUCUGGAUCUGGGUCUGCAUCUCCAAGAAAUCCCAGCGCCGAUAUUCUGGCCCUCAAGCGCGCGAACUGGUCGACCACAAAACAAGGAACCCAAAGCAGGGCGAUUGGAAAUGCGACCGUCAAGCUGAAGAUCCCGGCUGCCGCGGACCCUACGAGUUACCGGGAGGGCCAACAACAAGUCAAGGUCGAUCUUGUUGUCAUGAGCGAUUCGUACCCGGGGAUGGAGUGGCGGUUGGACAAUGUCGUCGUUCCCCUUGCGAGGCCGAAGCUGACAGUGGAGAAUGUGCAGACCGUCGAGGUGGAGGUGGAUGAGAGUUUGCAGAAGAAGAAGUAG